AUGGCUGAGGGUGAUGCUGGUCUGAGCAGUGAGCCAGCUGUGGAUCAGGAGGAACGGCCAUACAAGUGCAAGCAGUGCCCGCGGAGCUACCGCCACGCUGGCAGCCUGGUGAAUCACCGCCGCACCCACGAGGUUGGCCUUUUCCGCUGCCUGCUAUGCCGCAAGGACUUCUCCAACCCCAUGUCUCUCAAGAGCCACCUGCGCACUCAUACGGAAGAGAAGCAUCACAAAUGCCCAGACUGCGGCAGAAGCUUCCGAGUUUCAUCCCAGCUUCCCAGCCACCACUGCCCAGCUCAGGCCAACCAGGAGCAGGAGGAAGAAGGCCAGAGCGAUAACAGCUUCCAAAGGGGCCAGGGCACAUCUUCUUCAGAUGUUGACCCCCGUUCUGGGAUGGAAGGCAGCAGCGGGAGCCUUUUGUCCAAUCUGGAGAAGUACAUUGCUGAGUCGGUGGUGCCAGCUGACUUUUCUCAGCAGGACUUUCCAAUCAAGAUGGAACGGGAGAAGCAGGAUCCGCUCCCAGGGCACGAGGAGGCUGGGGAAGAGCCUGGGCUGCUGGCUGCUGUGGAGGGCGAGCGCCGCUACAAAUGCAACCAGUGUGACAAGGCUUACAAACACGCCGGCAGCUUGACCAAUCACAAGCAGAGCCACACGCUGGGGGUCUAUCAGUGCGCCAUGUGCUACAAGGAGUUCUCCAACCUCAUGGCCCUCCGAAGCCACGCCCGUCUCCACUCGGAGUAUCGGCCUUACAAGUGCCGGUUUUGUCACAAAGCCUUCCGGUUGCCCUCGGAGCUGCUGAGCCACCAGAAAGCCCACAGCCAGGAGGAGAGCAAGUCCUGGGAAGAUUCGGAGCACGACGUUUGGGAGGAGGACUCCAUAGAAACUUCAGCAAAGUUGGACAUCUAUCAGCCACCACCCGUGGGCACAGAUUUUGGGGACAGGGCACCCUGCAGCCUUAAAGAUACCUCCAAGGCUGGUGGUGGAGAACGCUGUAAUCCGGAUGGAGAGCUCUGCGUCCGCUGCGGCGGGACCUUCGCCAACGAGGAGGAGCUGAAAGAACACAGCUGCCUUUACCCAGAGGAGGCAGAUGAAGAAGAGGCUGAAGGCAGCAGCCCUUUACAAGCAGCUCCCAGCUCCAACGAAGCUUGGGAAGCCCGUCUGAAGAGCGAGGAAGGCUUUCCCAUGUUUGAAGAGCGCCCCUUCCGCUGCGGGGACUGUGGGAGGACAUACCGCCACGCAGGGAGCCUCAUUAACCACAAGAAGAGCCACCAGAUCGGGGUGUACAGUUGUACCGUCUGUUCAAAACAGUUGUACAAUUUGGCCGCCUUGAAGAAUCAUUUGCGGGUCCACCUCAGGUCCAAGCUCAACGCCUCGGCCCCAGAAGAGGCCUCCCAGCACCCGUCUGGGAUCUUGGACCCACCGAAAGCGCAGGACUGCCCGGAUGACUGCCCGGCCCAGCCCAUGGAUGCCUGGAGAGGACCAGCCGCCUGUCCCAAGGAAGAGGAAGAAAGGACUCUCGGAGAGGAAGAGCGACCCUACCGGUGUGAAGAUUGCGGGCGGAGUUACCGCCACCGGGGCAGCCUGGUGAACCAUCGCCACACUCAUCAGACCGGAAUCUUCCAGUGCUCCAUCUGCCCCAAGCAGUACUCCAAUCUCAUGGCACUCCGCAACCACGUCCGCGUGCAUUUGCGGGCUGCCCGCCUGUGGGGCAAAGAAUUAGGGGACGGUUUGACGUGCAGCAAUUGCGGAGAGAGUUUUGAGGAAGAGGCCGAAUUCCAGCUUCAUCAGCUGCGCCAUCUGCCCUGCACAGAGGACGUCGAGACGGCGGAAGUGCCUCGGCUUGGCGCCCUUCACUCUCAGGAAGCAGAUCUUCUUCAGACUAUUAAACAGGAUGUGGAAGCCCUGGAGAAUGGGACAGCAGUAGCCGAGGACAUCCUGGCCUCAGAAAUGUCUCACGUUUGUCACCAGUGUGGGUUGGCCUUUCCUACCGUGGCUGGCCUGCAGACUCACGCCGUGCAACAUAGCAGUGGAGAGGAGCACUUGGAGGGGAUGACAGAAGGAACCGACCCACCUGUCCCCCUCCAGCGUCUCUACGGGUGCGACCUGUGUGGCAAAUCGUACCGGCAUUCAGGAAGCCUCAUCAAUCACAAGCAGACACACCAGACGGGGGACUUCAGCUGUUCACUUUGCGGCAAACACUUCCAAAAUGUGGCCUCCCUUAAAAGCCACUUGCGUGGCCAUCAGAGACCCAGGAGAGGACUGUCCGAGACGCUGGUGACCAUGAACGUGGAGACUGAAACUGAAACUAGCACUGCCAUGCCCAUGGUGUUAUCUUUGGCAGAAGAGCCGGAAGAUAGUCGCAGCGCUCUGGAAAAAGAUGCCUUAGCCAAUGGCUGGCAGUCCCAGUCGCAAGUGUCUUCCCCAUUGCCUGGGGAUAAUGACGCUCUUCCCUACCUCUGUGAGCAGUGUGGGCUGGGCUUUGACCAGGCCAAGAACUUGAUUGACCACAGACAGACCCACCAAGCUGGCAUCUACCAAUGCUCUCUCUGCCCUAAAGAGUAUCCCACUCUCCUUGCUCUAAGACACCAUUUCCACGGGCAUGCCAAGGCCACGGCACCCGGCCAGGAGAACCCGGUGGGCGAAGGCCACUCUGAGGAGCAGCCGUUCCUCUGCAGCCUCUGUGGCAUGAUCUUCCCCAGCGAAGAGAGCCUUCAGCAUCACCACAGCUUCCUGCACGAGGACGGCGACAGCCAGAGCGACAGUCCAGACGUGUUGAAAAGGCAAACCGAAGAGCAGCUGGACGGUGCAGGGGAUUCGGAGGAGGACCAGCUCCUCUCCCACAUCUGCGGUUAUUGUGGACAGACAUUUGACGAUAUGGCCAGCUUGGAAGAGCACAGCAACGGGCACCUGGAAGAGAGAGCGGCAGCCUUGGCCGAUACUUCCAUCCAGCUCCGGCGAGCUCCGCGCAUGGAGGAUGACCCGCCCCCUCCACCCCCACCUUUGGUGGAAGCACUUCCUCUUGCCGAUGACCUGCUGGACAGCCGGCCUUACGCCUGUGGUCAGUGUGGCAAGACCUACCGGCAUGGUGGCAGCUUAGUCAAUCACAAAAAGAUCCACCUGAUUGGAGAUUACCAGUGCAGCGUCUGUUGCCGGCAGUACUGUAACCUGUCUGCCUACCGGAAUCACCUUCGAAACCAUCCAAGAUGCAAGAUGAACGGCAGCGUCGCCCAACUCCGGCAGCCGGUCCCCGCUGCAGAAAGGGGGCUGCCUUGCCCUUACGAGAGGCUGAAGAAGGAGCCUUGUGGCGGUUCCCAAAAGGGAGACGCUCCCCCAAGUGACUCUCUCCUUGCCUCUCCUAUAGGAAAAGAAAGAGUGGAACAAGGAGAAGAGUUGAGCGCAAGCCUGUCGGAGAGCAGAGAAGCUCGGGAAUGUGGUGUUCCUGGAGAGGGGAACGAGCGGAAGGAGGUCCACCGAGCAAUACAGGAAAUGGAGACGGUAGAGGAAGAAGGAGCAGGAGAGGAGAAGGGUCCUCAGGCAGAGGAGGAGGAGGACUCUCUCUCGGAACGCCCCUUCCAGUGCGACGUCUGCGGGCGUAGCUACAAGCACGCCGGCAGCCUGAUCAACCACAAACAGACCCACAAGACAGGCCUCUUUCACUGCGGCAUUUGCCAGAAGCAGUUCUACAACCUCAUGGCCCUCAAAAACCACAACCGCACCCACUUUGAAACCAAACGCUACCGAUGUGCCGAGUGCCCCAAGGCGUUCCGGCUCCAGAAGCAACUGGCCAGCCACCAGCGCGUGCAUCGGGACAGGAGGCCGGAGCCUGCUUUCCGCUCUGUCCAGAGGCCCCUUCGGACCAGGCGAGCUGGCAAGGCAGAGACUUUCCCGCUCCUUCCGGACCCCGAAGAGCGUCCGUACAGGUGCGGGCAGUGCGGGCGCUCAUACCGCCACGCAGGCAGCUUGCUCAACCACCAGAAGAGCCACAAGGUGGGGCACUUCGCCUGCGCCUUGUGCAGCAAGGCUUACCCCAACCUCAUGUCCCUGAAGAACCACCAGCGCAUCCACUACGAGGUGAAACGCCACCAGUGUCCCGAAUGCGGUAAGGCUUUCAAGUGGCAACGGCAGCUGCAGAGACACCAGCGCCGGCCUCAUCCUUGCGGCAAGGUCACGCCGGGGCAAGAGCCCGAAAGAACUAAAGCCGAUGCCGGAAGGGAGCAGGGGAACAACCCCGGAGAGGCACCUGUUGGGACUUUGCAGAGCCAGCUGCGCCCCAAACGCUUUCGCAAGCGCGCCUGCCAAAAGAACCGCAGCCGUGCGCGUACAAAGAAACGUUUGGAGUGCUCGGAUUGCGGCAAAGCUUACCGGGCCUCCAGGGAUCUGAUGCAGCACCUAAGAAGGCAUCAAGCUGAGGAAAGAGGGGACAGUCCUAAGGGCAAGCUGCUGGAGGACCAGCCUUACAAGUGUCAUAGCUGUGAGCGGACGUACCGUCAUCCUGGUAGUCUGCUUAACCACAAGAAGGCCCAUGCGACAGGCCUCUACCACUGCCCCACGUGCCAGAGGGACUUCUACAACCUUCUGGCCCUCAAGAACCACCUCCACAUCCACACGGACAAGCAACGCCACCGAUGCCCCCAUUGCGGCAAGGCCUUCCGGACGGCCAAGCGGUUGACCGCCCACACCAAGGUCCACGGCAGGUCUAAGGAAGAAGAGACUUUCUCCUGCUCCGUCUGCUCGAAGACGUUCUUCCACCAUCCCACCUUCCAGCAGCACCAGUUGUUGCACAGCAAGGUUGAUGGGCACCACGCUCUCCAGGGCAGCAUCACAGGGGAAGGGAACUGAGGGGAUAUUAGCCCACACGUGGGGAAGG